AUGCUAGCCAAUAGUACGCAUAAAAAUCGCAAGGUAACAUUGCUAAUGUCGAAUGUGUGUAAUUUUGUAAAGAAUUUGUGGUUGAGAUUAUUAUUGGCCCUAACGGAAAUACGCAAAUAUCACAGUUACCCAAAUAAGUAUGUUCAGUUCAAAGAGAAUGGUCAAAAUCAUAAUUAUCAGCAGCAUCAGCAACAACAAAAACAUCAUCAAAGUGUGUUGAAGAAAAUACCGGAAGUUAAAGGAUUACCAGUGGUCGGAACAUUAUUUCAUUUAUUAGCAGCCGGAGCAGCACCAAAGCUACACAUCUACAUAGACAAACGUCAUCGACAAUAUGGCGACAUCUUUCGCGAACGUUUGGGUGGUACUCAAGAUGCCAUAUUCGUCUCCUCGGCACAUUUAAUGCGUUCAGUAUUUCAGUAUGAGGGUUCAUAUCCCAGGCAUCCAUUGCCCGAUGCAUGGAUACUCUACAAUCAAGAGCACAACUGUCAAAGGGGAUUGUUUUUUAUGGAAGGCGAAGAAUGGUUUCACAACCGCCGUCUUUUAAGUCGUAUUCUGCUUAGCGGCAAUUUGAAUUGGAUGGAUUGGCAUGUACGUCAAUGUACCAAUAAAUUAAUAAACAAAUGGAAGCAAGCCUUGUUGGAAGUCAAAGAAAGUUCCGGUUAUGAAUGCAUGAUUGUGGAUAAUUUAGAACAGCAGCUAUACAGAUGGUCCAUAGAUGUGGUCAUAUCCGUCAUGUUUGGUACUACGGCCAGCGAAAAAGAAAACCCCAAACUACAUUUGGCUGUAACAGAUUUUUCAGAGAUUGUACACAAAAUAUUCGAAAGUAGUUCGAAAUUAAUGAAUUUCCCACCGAAAAUAGCCAAAAAAUAUCGCAUGAAAAUAUGGACAGAUUUCGAAGACAGUGUACAACAGGCACUCUCUAAAGGAUCGAUUAUCAUUGAUAUGUAUUUACAAUUGUGUUCGGAAUAUCCGGAUGGCCUGUAUGGCAAACUAAAAGAAUCUGAAACACCAUUGGAUAUGAUAAAGCGAUUAUUUGUAGAUUUGGUGAUUGCAGCUGGUGAUACGACUGCAUUCUCCUCAGCCUGGGCCCUAUAUCUAUUAUCCAAAGAUAAUAAAUUACAACAGAAAAUCUAUGAAGAACAACAUGAUCAUAGCAAUGUCCAUGAUAUGCCCUUGGUUCGAGGUCUGGUCAAAGAAACUCUAAGACUGUAUCCGGUGGCGCCAUUUAUUGGCCGUUAUUUACCGGAAGAUGCUAAAAUUGAUAAAUAUUUUAUUAAAAAAGAUUCUUUGGUAUUAUUAUCACUCUACACAGCCGGUCGUGAUCCCAAACAUUUUCCAGCGCCACUGGAGGUAAUGCCUGAACGAUGGUUACGUGAUGAAAAUACUGGUGAUUAUAAAGGCGUUUAUAAACCGCAUGCUAGUCUACCCUUUGCUAUUGGCAAUCGUUCCUGUAUUGGUCGCAAAUUGGCCCUAUCGCAAAUGCAAUAUUUAAUAUCUGAGAUAACCAAAAACUUUACAAUGAGCUGUGAAAAUACAACACCAAUAGAAAGUAUACUACGUUUGGUAACAGUACCAAAUCAACCGUUAAUAUUGGGACUCUGUCCGCGUAUCACAUAAUUUUAGUUAGUUU